GUUUAUUUUUUUCGCCUGACUUUGAAAUUUGGCGUCAAUCGGAACCUAAACCAAGAGGUUUUGUACGUUCGUUUUAUUUUUCGGUUUAUAAUAUUACGCCUACCCGCGAAAGGCAGGUUUGUCGUAGUCGGUACAUUUCCGGGUUCAGACUCGUUUUUUUGGUGUUGGUUUUAUUUUUCCUCCUCCCAUCUUUGGGCAGGAUGACCACUGACGUUGAGAUGCAAGCCUUCAAAACGAACGGCAGCGACGCCGUGGGACGGUCGCUGACAACGGGCAAUGGUGCCAAUCACGCCUACAAAUGCCGCGACGAGGGAAGCGUGCUGCUCAGCGCUCAGCGGAACGGUCACAGCGGCGAGAUGAUGCCUUCAGGAUGUGUGACAGCUGAGACUUGUGCAGGUUCUAAGGAGAGUGCGGCGCACAAGGUGAAGCGCGAGCUGAGCGAGGCGGUGUGCGGCAAAGUGCGCCUGUGGAUGCUGCUCGUCUUGCUGGCCGUCGUCAUCGUCGCCGUGGUGCUCAUCUCGCUGGGUGUGUGCUCAGCAAUUCACGAGGACGUCGAUGAGAAGUUCAACCGGUCGUCGUUCCGUGUUGCUCGUCUCUUCAACGGCAGCUUCAGUCUACCGGGCCUCACCUUCACCGAGGACCUGCUCAGCCUUUCGUCCAAUCAGAGUCGAGCCCUCGCCGGCGACCUGCAAGGCAAGCUGUCAGACGUGUACAGAUCCUCGCCCGCGCUUGGCCGCUACUUCUCCAAAGCGGAAAUUUACUCUCUCCGGCCCGGCUCGGUGAUCGCCGAGUACCAGCUGACGUUCGUCAUGCCCGAGGAGCACCAGGAGCAGCUGAGGAACUUCACGCUGAGCCGGGAGAUGGUGUACAACGUACUGCGGCAGUUCCUCUACGACCAGGAGGCCGGCGGCGUCUCCCCCUUCUCCGCUUUGUACAUCGACCCCGUUUCCCUCGAGUUGUCAUGAGGUGGCGUCCGCAGGAUUUGAACCCAUUUUUGACUGUGAGGCCGAGGUGCCAACCGCGGUAGCCCCCGUGCCGCUCAUGAAACAUAUUGAACAGUAACUGUCAAAAUUCUCCGUCCGAAGCCACGUCACUACGAGAGGCUCUUGGAGCAGACGAGUUUGUUUACGUGUACCUAAUGAAGUGGCCUCGGAGUGGACCUCAGGCACGUUUGACCUUCGUGUUUUUCUACGGAUGAACAAUAGAGGGCGCCCGUGUUCAUUUUUCACGACUUCCUGACAUUUUUCAUAACUUUUGUUUUUAAAUUACUGUUGCUUACCAAACUUCACAAAAUGGACUUGCAUGUUAUUCCUCUCCGAAGAAUAACAUGUUAGUAAGCUUUGAGAUGUUUUUUUUUAAAUAAAACAAUGUUAGAAUGAAUAUACAUGUGCAAUAUGUUUCCUGUCCAAUGACCGACAGUGUCCCAACUUGUAACUUCUUUUUUCUUUAAAGAAUUCUACAAAUAUCAAACUCAGAAAAUGCAUAUAUAUUUGUCAGGUUAUUUUUUACUAUAUUAAAAAAAAAGAUUUUUAGUCAGCUUUGUCCUUUGCCACCCACGCGCCAGUGGACAAUGUGAGACUCUCGUCGUGCCAAAACCGGCUUUCUUUUCCCGUCACUAACCGGCGUGGCUAACCGGAUUAAACCUGUUGGUGCCAAAUUUUUGUGAACAAACAUCCUGACACUAUUUUUGUGUGUAUCAAUCAAAUUACCUCAUCGCUCUCCAGAUCAAUCCAGGUUGUCCUUGACACUUCCUAUUAAAUGCCCUGUAAAUGCUGA